AUGGCUGAGAUGCUCUUUAAACUCAACUCUCGACGCGCAUCAAAAGACGAUGAUCGACGAGCGGAGAACCACUGUUUGACGCUGAUGAAGCUGGUACCCGGCAAAGAGACAGCCCCCGAGCUAGAUCUGUUUACAUUCAAACAGGCCGUUUAUAGCCUUGCAUUUGGACUUAAGAACAUUCUUUCAGUGUAUGGCCAUGAUGUGCAAAUCGUUCAGAGCCCGCGGCACUUCUGUACGCAAUAA